ACCAACUCCCACAGGGAAUACCAUAACAAUAAGACUAUCGUCUGAAAAAAAAAAGCAUUGCAGAAGUCGUUAAAGUACAAGAUAUCUACAAAUGAAAAAUCGCGAGCCGCGAUCAUCAUGAUUCUUAACUUGUGAUAGGCUUUUCUGCGUUAGCUGUGAAUUUCACCUCUGUGAAGGAAAUAGAGCACUUCACCUCUUGAUCUAUUAUCCUAAUUCUUCCUGCAUCUCGUGCUUGGAAGCUUGGUUUGAAGAAAGAUGGCUACAUUUGAAGAUUAUUGUGUAAUAACCCAGGAGGACUUGGAGGAUAUUAAAGAUUCCAUAUCAACCCAGGAUCUCCCAUCAGCGGUAAAAACGAUCAAGGAAUACCUCAGACAGCAGGAUCUUGUAGAACUAAACAUUGGUGUGACGGGAGAGUCUGGCUCUGGAAAGUCCACGUUUGUCAAUGCAUUCAGGGGUUUAGGAGAUGAAGAAGAGGGCUCUGCUAAAACUGGUGUAGUGGAGACCACUACAGAACCAGAGGUUUACCUUCACCCAAAAUACAAAAAUGUGAAAGUGUGGGAUCUUCCUGGCAUUGGAACACCAAACUUCAAAGCUGAUGAGUACCUUAAACGGGUUCAGUUUAAGCGUUAUGAUUUUUUCAUCAUCAUUGCUUCAGAUCGGUUCAGAGAAUGCCACACUCAGCUGGCCAAAGAGAUCAUGAGGAUGGGGAAAAAGUUUUAUUUUGUUCGUUCCAAGAUUGACUUUUCCAUUACUGCUGAGAAGAGGAAGAAGAGCUUUGACCAGAAAACGACUCUGGAGACCAUCCGAGAGGACUGUGAAAAGGGUCUGAGAAAGAUCGGUAUAGAGGACCCUGUCGUGUUCCUGAUCUCUGGCUGGGAGCUCGGAAAGUAUGAUUUAAAUGUUCUUCAGGAGAGGAUGGAGAAGGAGCUUCCACAGCAUAAGAGACGAGUACUGAUGUUGGCUUUGCCGAAUAUCACGCUAGAGAUUAAUGAGAAAAAGAAGAAAGCUCUAGAGGAAAACAUUGGAAAAGUUGCCUUCCUGUCUGCUUGUGUGGCAGCUAUUCCUCUCCCUGGUCUUUCGAUCGCUGCAGAUAUAGCCAUCAUAGCAGACGAGCUGAGAAAGUACUACGGUGCAUUUGGUCUGGAUGAUCCAUCACUGCAGAGGCUCUGUGAAAGAUCUGGGAAGACUGUAGAGGAACUGAAGAGUCUAAUGAAGUCUCCUCUUCAUCAAGGCAUAAAUCCAAGUUCAAUAUUAACCUUGCUGGGUGCUGCAUCCCUUCUUAUAUCAGAAGAUGCAGUUGAAUUACUUGUGAGCUUCAUACCCAUUGUUGGCACUUUGGUGGCAGGAGGUUUGUCUUAUCUGACUGUCUCAAGAAUGCUGAAGAGAGCUCUGAAUGACAUAGCUGAGGAUGCUAGGAAUGUGCUGAUGGCUUCAUUGGAGACUGAAGUGUAACUGUAAAAAAAUGAUGAGAAUAUUCAACAUCAUUAUAAUUAACUGCUUUUGGGGUAUUUGAAGACAAGUAUAUUUGUUUAUCACAUUUAAUGGCAAAAUAUCUAAAAGACAUUUAUGAUAUAGAUUUGUUAAAUUAAUUAUAUCCAAAGCAACUUAAAUUUGAGGAGAAAUACAAACAAAUUAUUAAAUGUUUACGAUUUGAUGGAUUAAUAAUUGUGACAUUUGGAUAAAUAACUGUAGUUACUGUUGUUUUCAAUUUACUACUGUUUUUGUUGUAUAUUACACAUUAUUAAAAAGUAUGCAAUGA